UGGACAGUUUCACUUUUUAAUUUUUUUUAAUCAAUUAGGUAUUCAUUCAAGGUGGUUCCCUCCGUCUCCACUCGCUUGCCAAAAUGGAGGGAGAAGUAGCCAGUCUAAGAAGAUUUCUUCGAUGGGCAGCCGAGCAGGGGAUCACGGACUCUCUGUCACCUACCACCCCACCGGACUCUUCUUUGGGUCACUCCCUCUCCGUCUCCCAUUUUCCCGAAGCCGGGGGAAGAGGUUUGGCGGCAGCUCGUGACCUCUGCAAAGGGGAGUUGAUUCUCAGAGUUCCAAAGACUGCUUUGAUUACAACUGAAGUUUUGGCGAAUAACGACCAUUCUCUUUCUCUUGCUCUGCAAAGUCACACUUCUCUCUCUCCUACUCAGGUACUGGCCGUUUCUUUGCUAAAUGAAGUAAACAAAGGGAAUAGCUCUCGGUGGUAUACUUAUUUAAAGCAAUUACCACGCAGUUAUGAUAUCCUUGCUGGUUUUGAUCAUGUUGAAAUACAGGCGUUGCAGGCUGAUGAUGCUAUCUGGGCUGCUGAAAAGGCUGUGCAGAAGGCUAAGUUGGAACUUAAUGAAGUUAGUGUUCUAAUGCAUGAAUUGAAGCUUAAGCAACAUCUAAUGACACUUAAGGCAUGGCUCUGGGCUUCUGCAACUUGGGACCAGGUACUACAACGGUAGUUGUUUCAAUUAAUCAACACUCAACUACGAUGCACUUAUUUCUUUGCAUGCUAAGACUGAAUGUCUGCAUGCCGUGUUUGAAGAUAUCAUCCCGAACCAUGCACAUUCCUUGGGAUAGUGCUGGUUGUUUAUGCCCCGUUGGAGAUUUUUUCAAUUACGAUGCACCUGGAAGUCAUGGAGUAGAGAACUCUGAAGAUCCCUUUAAUGGCUCUGAUGACCACUCAAUAACAACUGUUACACGGCUAAUUGAUGCUGAAUAUGAAGAAGAUCUCACUGCCUAUUGCUUCUAUGCUAGAAGAAACUACAGAAAAGGGGAUCAGGGGGAAGACUGCGUACAUCCGAUCUCUCUUACCCCACCGUUGGUGGGAGCCUUUACGGCACUGGGGUAAAUGAAAAUGAUGAGUCAUUAGCAGUUUAUUAUUUCCCUACAAUUGCUCCUUGACACUUCAUUCUUUCCCUACAAUGGAUGCGAACGUUACUGCAGAUUCUUCUAAGCUACGGAACCUACACGAACUUGGAGCUUCUAGAACACUACGGCUUUGUACUGACGGACAAUCCCAACGACAAAGCAUUCAUUCCAUUGGAACCAAGCAUGUACCAACUGUGUUCUUGGUCUAGUGAUUUGAUCCACAUUGGCAAAGAAGGGAACCCAUCAUUCGCCUUACUAUCCACCCUACGCCUAUGGGCGACCCCGCAAGACAUGCGCAAGUCCAUCAAGCAAUAUGUGUAUUCGGGAAAUCAACUCUCUCCCGAAAAUGAAGUUUCUGUCAUGGAAUGGCUUGUGCACAAGUGUCUACUUUUGUUGGGAAACCUUCCAACGUCACUUGAAAGUGACAAGAACUUGCUCCGCUUUGUUGACAACACUCUAGAAGAUUGUAAAAUGGAGAGUGGAGAAAUGCCACUAGAGUUUUUGAAUUUCCUUCAGAGCAAGAAUUUGAUUGGAGAAAAACCCUGUCUAAUUACUAGCUUACCUAAAACGAGGUAUUUUCACAAAUGGAAGCUAGCUAUCAAGUGGAGAUUGCACUUUAAGGCAAUGUUAUAUAAGUGCAUCGAAUAUUGUACAAAGACGCGAGAUAAAAUUAUUUCUCAAAAUCAUUGAACGGAAUAAUGAACUUGGCGCUGGGCUUGUAGCGUGCAGUAUCAUGUAAUGUAUGUAAUCGGUAAUCCCGUCUAAUGUAAUCAACUUUGUUUCGCUUCAAUCCA